GGUGGGUGGCCCUUCCUACCUCAUCGCAGAGUGACAGUGGCAGAAGGACCCAGACCUUUAAUCCUGUUUCGCAGCAGGUUUAGCAGAGCAGCGGCUGCAGCAGCCUGGAAAUGACCAUGGAGAAGAUCCUGAAGGCAGAGCUGAACACCAACCUUCUGAAGGCUCUGGGGAGCUCUGGGGGAGGAUGCAUCAGCCAAGGGCAAACGUAUGAGACAGACAGAGGACGGGUAUUUGUGAAAAUCAACCACAAACCUCAGGCUAGAAAAAUGUUUGAAGGGGAAAUGGCAAGUUUGGAAGCCAUUCAGAAAACCAAUAUCGUGAGAGUGCCUCAGCCCAUCAAAGUGAUUGACCUGCCUGGAGGAGGAGCCAUGUUUGCCAUGGAGUACCUCAAGAUGAAGCACCUCAACAAAUACUCUUCAAAGCUGGGAGAGCAGAUAGCAGAGCUUCAUCUUUAUAACCAGAAACUUGGAGAGAAGCUGAGGACUGAGGGAAGCACGAUUGGGAAAGGAGCUGGUCACUCCGAGGCCCAGUUUGUGGAUAAGUUUGGAUUCCACACAGCCACUUGCUGUGGUUAUAUCCCACAGGUGAAUGAGUGGCAGAGUGACUGGCCAUCCUUCUUCAUCCGUCACCGACUCCAGGCUCAGCUGGAUUUGAUUGAAAAGGAUUAUGGAGACAGAGAAGCCAGAGAACUCUGGUCACAGCUAAAACCAAAGAUUCCUGAAAUGUUCUGUGAUGUGGAAAUUGUUCCUGCUCUCCUGCACGGGGACCUGUGGGCAGGGAAUGUGGCUGAGGACGACUCCGGGCCAAUUAUAUUUGACCCUGCCUGCUUCUAUGGCCAUUCAGAAUUUGAGCUGGCCAUUGCUGGAAUGUUUGGGGGGUUCAGCAGCUCUUUUUUCUCUGCCUAUCACAGUAAAAUACCCAAAGCUCCAGGAUUUGAGAAACGGAACAAGUUGUAUCAGCUCUUUAAUUACAUCAACCACUGGAACCAUUUUGGGACAGGGUACAGGGGCUCUACCCUAAACAUGAUGAGGAAACUUCUGAAGUAACAGGGUGCAUUUGAGAAAUUCUGACACAGUCCCCAGGAAUGAGCAGCCCCUGCUCAUCCCAAGUAGCACAAACUCAGAAUUGAUGGUAAAACACCUGAUAGGGGGGAGAUUUCAUGCACUUUGAGCCUCACUAAGAGCAAUUGUGUAAUCUUUAACUCGGGCACUAGUUUCCCUGCACAGAUCCCAACCUGCUGCACUGUUUGCCAAGGCUCCAGUGGCCUGGAAAGCAGCACGACAGUCAUCCUGCCCUUGCUCUCUCACCCCCGUGCUGUGCUCCCACAGCUGCAUCUUCCCAGUCCUGCUGCAGCAGCAGUUUGUUCUGCAGAGCUGCAGCUGUGGGACAGUGCUGGAAGCAAGUUCUUGUGUCUGCCCUUGUUAGUUCUGGUUUAGUUUUCUGUCUGUUCCCAGCCCUUCCCCUAUGAAUAUUUCCAUGGUCUUCUGUUUCCCUUUCCUUUCCUUUUGCCUGUCAAAUGUCCUAAUCCAAAAUUUCAGUCAGAUUCUGUGAAUCUGAAAACAUUCUCUUUUUAUUUUUAUGAGCAGACAAGGCCCUUUGGCUGCAUUUGGCAAACAGAUGUAAUUAAUAAUAUUCCUAAUAUUUAUUUUAAUUUAAUGUAAUUCACUCACAUUUAUUUUUUCCUUGCUAGGAGAGCUGAAAUUCCAGUGGUAUUUUCUGGAAGGAUCUCUAGAUCCUUGGUAAUUAACUGUACAGAAGUAGGUUGUUACCACUCAAAGUUGAUAAUAGCAUUUCAUCAGAUGUAAUUCAUAAUAUUUCUAAUAUUUAUUUUAAUGUAAUUUACUCACAUUUGUUUUUUCCUUGCUAGGAGAGCUGAAAUUCCAGUGGUAUUUUCUGGAAGGAUGUCUAGCUCCUUGGUAAUUAACUGUACAGUCAGAAGUAGGUUGUUACCACUCAAACUUGAUGACAGCAUUUCAUCAUUUUAGUGGGAUAUUUCAGUGUGUUGUACUACGAUAGUAAUAUAUUUAAAUAACUUUGUACAAAGACAGCAAAGUGUGGGAGGGAGGCUCCGUGGCUGGGUGAGAAGCAGCACCUGUGGCUGCUGGGUUGGCUGGUGCUUGAUAUAUCUUCAGUUUUAGAAAAUGAGUGCAGUGGGCAAAGCUGGUCUGUUGUGCCACCGCUGGGUUAUGGAAGGAACAGUGCCAGUUCUCAUGGGUUUGUAAGGCUUUUACUGUUCCUUACUGCUUUAUUUUUACAGAAAACACAGGCAGUGGAAUUUGGGGAGAAAAGGUGUUCAGCAAAGACACUGGUGCACAAACUGAGCUAGAAUACAUGAGUGACUCUGGGGGGUUUUAUUGGAAGAAAUUGCAAGGAGAAUUAAAGUGAGUGCAGCCCCACAAAUAUGAAUUAGAAGAUUUGGGUAAGAAUGACCUGAGUAUUCAGACUUCAGAUGGUUGGCAUGACUAGUACUAAAAUAUUAUAUUCAAAAUUGCUGAGAUAUAUUUAGAAUUUUCUCAACUUGAAAUGGUUGUGCUAUAAAGAUUUAAUUAAGUUUAAAAUUUGAUGUUGUAAUUGGUUUAAAACAACGCACUUUGCUUUCUGUAAAUAUGAUACAAAUAGUGAAAAAUUGUUGCUUCCUUUGAAUCAGGGGAAUCUGUCAUGGUUGGUUAUAAAACUUAACAGGACUAAAAGAGUGGGAAAGUGGAAUAGUGGGGUUAGAGCACAGCUGGGAUUGUAGCCGGUGGCUGGAAGAUCCAGGUCUGAGCAGAGAGCAAAGUGCACGUGCACUGGUGUUGAUGGAUGUGAACAAACCAACCUGUAUCACACUGGCAACUACUUGUGAACUCAAACUACUCAAAUAAAACACUUGCCUUGCAGAAA